AUGGCUGGUAUUCCCGUGAGAAUAUCAUCGCGUCAUAAUCGGAAAGUAAUUAACCGCAGAAACCCAACUAAUCUUGUUUACGUAAAUAUCGAUAAUAUUCAACUUUGCAAAUUGGGCUCGAACAUGCGAUUUGCUUUAUGGAAUGCUAGAUCUAUUAAUAAGAAAGCUGCAAUUAUAUGUGACAUAAUUCAGUCUAAUAAACUAGAUAUCCUUGCAGUAACAGAGACUUGGAGCAACAAAAAUACAAAGUUUUCAUCGGCUGCUGAAGUUCUGAAUACAAUCAGAGACUUUGCGGUUUUAGAAGCGCCAAGGUUAACUG